CGGCGCUCCUUCCUGCCGCUCUUUGUGUGCGGCCGCCCGCGGAGCGGCGGGGCGGCGGUGAGGCGCGCGCGGGAGGAUCGGGGCGCCUUGUUUAACAUGUCCAUCGCUGUGCCGCUUGACCUGGUCUCCUUCAAAAGUCACUCGCUCGCUGUACUUCCCCCAUGGUAACCGCGUUCGUUGGGCACCAUGUCGGAUCUCAUGAUCAACAUAGAGACAACCAUCGUUCGCCCCUGUGCAAAAAAGGUGCCGGAGGGCAAGAAAAAGCAUGAGCGCUUUGUGAGGCGCCGCCACUUCCUGGAGAGGAAAGGCUUCUUGAGGCAAAAGCAGUCGCCGGGACAGCUCCCCUUGCCAAAGCGGGAUGCCUCUUGUGGGCGCCCGGGGACAGAGGAGGACCGGAAAAGGCAGAAAGUGGACAAGCACGUACGGCCCAGCGGCCGGCCUCUGCCGCGGGACGGCUCGGCCCAGCGACCUAAAGCGCUUCCCAAGGAGAACUUCGGCCAUGGCAACAUCAGAGGCUCCCGCCCCCAGGCCCCGCCCCCUGCCGGGAUCCCCUCGUCCGCGUCAGGUAGAAGCGGGAGCGGCUCGGCAGAGCACAGCGGGGCCCAGGCAAACUGUGGCGGUGUGCGGAGGCCUGAUCCCAGAGCCAGCCUGCUGAGCGAGUGCGAGAGUGCCCUUCCCACGGCCCCGGCAGCAGGGAAGCCCAGCAAGAUGGUGGCCAUCGACUGCGAGAUGGUGGGCACGGGGCCCGGAGGGCGCAACAGCGACCUUGCCCGCUGCAGCGUGGUCGGCUACCAUGGGGACGUGAUUUACGACAAGUACAUCCGGCCCCUCAGCCCCAUCACCAACUACCGGACCCGGUGGAGCGGCAUCAAGAGCCAUCACAUGAAGAAUGCGCUCCCCUUCAAGGCGGCUCAGAAGGAGAUUCUCAAGCUCCUCUCUGGGAAGAUAGUUGUUGGACACGCCAUUCACAAUGAUUUCAAGGCUCUCAAGUACUUCCACCCCAAAUCCUUGACCAGGGACACUUCCAAAAUCCCUCUGCUCAAUCGCAAGGCCGGAUUUCCUGAAAAUGAGUCGGCCUCUCUCAAGCGCCUCACCAAGCAGCUCCUCCACAGAGACAUCCAGGUCGGCCCGAACGGCCACUCCUCCGUGGAAGACGCCCGAGCCACCAUGGAGCUGUACAAGGUCAUCGAAGCCGAGUGGGAGAGGCACCUGGCCGCCUCGCCUGCGCAGGACUGACUGUCCCGGGCCCCCGGAUGGGCUCUGGCCAAGCAGCGAGCCGGCCUUGCGAGCUGGAGCGAGGACCCCGGGCGCCCCGCGGCGGUUUGGGCAAAGGGCACGUUGGGUUGGGGCGGGGCGGCGGGGAGAGGCAGGCAAGCGGGGGCGCAGGAGGGCGCAGCGGCAUUGCGGGCUGCUGUGGGGGCACCAUUACAGCGUCACUAAUGGAGGCCGGUGUUGGUGUGUUCCUGGGGCGGCCUCUCAGCCCAGGCGUCUCCCCCUCCCCGCUUAAGGGGCGCGGGUGGUGGUGGUGUCUGCUUGGAGGGGAGGCGCUUGGUGAGCUGUGACCGGGGCAGCCGCUGGACCUCUCUAGCCGGGGCGGUCGUCCUCCGUGCCGCGCGUGUGGCGAAGCCUGGCGGGCGUGUGGAUGGGCAGCUCCCCACCUGCAGCGACUCCCCACCUCCCCACCUGCAGGGGUGUGGGGCGGGUGUCCUGCCCUGCCCACGAACUGCACGGCGGAGCCAUGCGGUCUGGGGUGGAGAGGAUCUGGGGGUCUGCAGGCACUGGCAUCUGACCCUAGAGGAGGUGUGUAGUCGCCGGAGCUCGAGGCCAGUGGCAGCCUUCUCCUCCAUGAGAGCGUCUAGGCCUUCCCUUCUGCCCCAGCGCCUUCCGGCAUCUUGAGCAAAAAAGCGGCGGGGGCGGUUCUCCAAGCCCCGGGAGGAACUGGCAGGUCCCCCAGCCUCCCUCGGCCCUGGAGGUAGCAGCGCAGUGCCUGCUGGACCAGGAGCCAAGCGCGGGGCAGGCGGCUUUGGGCAGGUGAGGCUCUGGUGAUCCGGCCACUGGGACAGCCUGGGAAGGGCAGGGACCCUUCUGCAGGCAUGAAGCUGCCCGGCUCUGGCUCUUCCUCCCCUUUUCUGCAAUGGCUCUCAGGCCUGUUCUCGUUUCUUAAAAACAAACAAACAAACAAACAAACAAACAAACCUCUGGCCACCGCCUCCCUCCAGUUGUACAAGUUAGACUAAUUUAGGCAAAUUAACUAAACAUUUGGGGUACACUCAGUUGCCCCCAUUUAAAAAAUCAGCAGUUUGUAAUUGCACGGAUCUUCUGCUUCAGCCGGUGGCCCCGAAACUGCCUUUAUUUCCCCGGGGAUUCCCCACCACCCGUGCUGCUUCCAAGGGCUGGUCAGCCAGACUCCACCUGUACUCUGCAAACCGUCACUGGGGAAUUUUUCUGUCCCCCGACUCCCAUCACUCAGGGUCCUUGGGUUUCUAAUCCAGGUCAGAAGUUGAACCUCGCUCGUGUUGGCAGUGGAGGCGCUGUACCUGAAGGAGAACCAGUCGGCUGGCACAUGAGGCCAGGGGCUGGGAAAGGGGCCAUUCCCCUCUGUAGAUCAGGAAGCAAGAAGGAAGUUCUGGUUGGGUACAAAGGCCCCUGGGGUGUCAAGGGUAACAUGGAUAAGAAGAAGCAACCGUUAAUCCUGCGCCUUCCAAUGUUCUGCAAGAGAGUGUUUCCUGGGCCGUGCUUAUGCCCCCUUCCCUUCCUGGCUCCCCCGUCCCUUGCUGACCCGCACAGAGCCUGGGAUCAGUCCAGGCCUCAGCCAUGAUGCUCCAGGCAGCAGUAUCCAGGCCAUCAUCUUCUUUGUUUUUGAUUCCAGUUUUAGAAUUCUUAGUGGUGUUUACUGGUAAAAGCAGAGAGAUCGUGAAUGUGAGCCCAGACAGACUUGGGUUCCUUGCAAAAUCCUCAAACUUUACUACAAAUUCUUUUGAAAAAAUUUUGAAUUUAUUUUUCAAUCUAAUACAAGUAAAGAAAAAAUCAUUCGACUAAAAUAAAAACAUAUAAAAUUAAACAUAUACUUAAAUUUAAACAUACAGUGCCUCCCCACAACCUGGACAGUAGGAUACAUUAGAAGAACUCAUUCAAAGGUUCUUUCGGGACCUUUCCCCCUUCCAAAACUGCAUUGAAUCUCGACAGUUGAAGCCCCUUCACUUUUGAGCACAUUCUCAGUAAAUGCAUCUUAAAUCUCAUUAAACUUACUUUUCUCUAUAUCCCCUUUUCUCACUUUAAUAUCCCAAGUUAAUUUUACCUUCCUUUUUUUUGCUAUGAUUAAUCUUGCAGCAGUUAUUAACUUUGUUAUUAAUUCUCUAUGAUUUCAACUCUGUUGCUUGUGAAAUAUUGAAAACAAGGUCUCGAAUGUGCGUUUUGGAAGAACCACACGGGAAAAUUAUUUCUUAUACAGCUCCAAAGGGUCCGGAGGGUCCCCCUGAAACUUUUUCAUUAUACCUUGUAUGUUAUAAUAACAGUAAUUAUGGAUGGUUUUGUCUUUUGUCUGCCUGGGAAUUGUUCUUUUUUAAAACAAAAAUUUACUUACCA